AUGGAUGACAAGUCAGCCAGGUGAGACUCGAUCGAACUGUCACUUAUGGGUCGGCUUUUUUGGCUUGUGAACCUUGAACCUCCUGCUCGACCAUACCAUCAUGCACCGCUGCAAUUUUUGCCUCAAAGGCAACUUCCAGAGUGCAAGGGCCGUUAGCCUUCAUAUAAGCUGGACUGUAGCCUGUAAGCAACACAUGGACCAGCUGCGCAACCAUGAGCAAGCCACACAAGAGGCCACACCCAACAAUAACCAACCUGAGGAUGUCUACUUCGAUGGAGACAUACCUUGGGAGUUUGAUGGCCAGGGGGAUGUCAUACUGGAAGGGCCACAAAUACAGGAGCAUUGUGGUGUCCAAGUCGAAGAAGUAGAAGAUGAGGAAAGGAUGUGGAUGCGAUUCAUCCAGUCAUACCCAGGGCAAGUAGCGCAAAUGCUCGGCUGCGCAGAGAGUAUGUUCCAUGACAUCAGAGCCCAACAAGAGGCUCAAGGUCUAGACCCAUGGGCGCCAUUUACGGACGCAGGGGAAUGGGGACUUGUGAAAUGGUUGGUACCCCCGUGUGGGCCAAAAUGCAAUAGAUGA